AGAACACAUGAAGUGGGCCGAAAUGGAAUCCAAGAGCACCCAAACCCAUUUCCAUGUCGGGCGUGCCAACCCAGAACCCACGCGCACACCAACGCAGUCAGUAGUCAAAGAUUGAGAGCAGAAGACGCGAGGUGGGAAGUGGUGGGAUGGCCAUGGAGGCUACCAACGUGGAGGACGUAGCGGUGGGUUGCAUCCUCUCCAUCAAGACCACAUUGGGCGACGAAUUCCAAGCCCAAGUCAUCUCCUUCGAUCGCCUCUCCAACAUCCUCGUUCUUCAAGAGCGUUCGAAACCUGGUCCUCGGCGGAACAUCAGGCUGUUGAAGGCCAAUUAUAUAAAAGAGUUCACUUUCUUGGGUCAAGCCGAAGACCCACUCGAUGUCAAAAAAUGUUAUCUUGAUCUUAAUAGUCUACAGACCAGAGAAGAAGUAGCCGUUCGGCAAGCAGAGCUAGAUGCUGAGAGAAUCGGUGUUGGUGUUACCAGCGAGGCUCAGAGCAUUUUUGAUGCAUUGUCUAAGACGCUGCCUGUCCGCUGGGACAAGACUGUCAUAGUUGUGAUGAAUGAGGUGCGUGUAAGCAGUCCAUAUCUUCCUGAAUCUGUCAGUGGAGGUACUCCUGCUGCCAAUGACCGGGUGAAGAAAGUGAUUGAGUUUGAAAGGAAGAGGCUGCAGUCUCGUAGCAGUGGUCCCUGAUAGUUUUAUAAUUGGAUCCAGUGGCUGCUGGGGAAGAUGGCUCAAGAAGAUAAACAAUGAUGGGUAUGUAACCUUACCCGCCUUAUCUGAGAGAGGAAGAUAGUGUCUCCAAAGACAUUUUUAUGCCCGAGUUGAAGGAUGAAUCUAAUAUUUGUAUGCUUAUUACAAUCUGCAGCUAUUCUUUCCAUCUUGUCCAGCAUCUGUCUUCUAGUUCUAUGCUGCUAAUUCUGUUCAUUUAAGUCCGUUUGUCUUGGUUUAUUGACAUCUUGCUUUUACCAUGAUAUGAUCCUACCUUUGUCAAACUACUUACUGAUUGGAAUUAGAUUUUCUAUGACCUUACAAUUA